AUGUUUUUCGCAGCCGUGGGUGACGAAAGUCAAAACACGUGCACUAGUGAAUCCCGAGACGGGCAAAUACUGCGCGAAUUUAGUGCUCGGUACAAACAGUUGGCCGGAUCUACGCGAUGUGCCGCGGUCGUUGAUUCGGUGAAACGCUCUCUCUCGUGUUGGUCCACAUUUUCGUGAUUAACGGUGCUGCCAUACUCGAAAGUUGAUUAUAAUGACCAAUGUUCGUUCGGAAAUAAUUAUUAAAGUCCUUUGGGUCCGAAAGUUGCACUUAUUUUAUAACAUUUAGACGCGCGCGCCGCCUCCGUUCGGAAAUCCAUCGUUUUAUCGUACACGUCGUUUCCGUUUUCUCGAGACUCGCGUACCGUUUGGGACGGACAAGGCCGACGCAAUUGCUACACACUCUCGUUUGCUGUUCAUCCACAUCAAACUAUAAUUAUUUUGUUUGAACAAAACACGGAUAUUUAUUAAACGGAGACACCGACGCAAUCAGACGCAAAUCAAUACCGAGUGUGGGACGGUGUUUAAACACCGACUGUCUGUGUCGACAUGCCCAAACGCUGUCAGCGUCCGCGCUGCUGUCGACAGUGUUCGGUCGUGCGAGGGCCGCUUGAGCGGUUGUCGCCGCGGACGUGACGCGAUUAACGGCCCGGGUACGCCCGUGGCGUUUGCUCAAAUGGUGGCGCGCCACGGCCGGAUGCGAAACCGUGUCUCCGUCUUGAGCUUCCCGUACGCCGCGAUGAAACACGACGGGUUUCGUCGUCACGGUGAGAACCGUCGGUCGACACGGACGUGUGCGGACGAGAACCGACGGUGAGACUCGCCGGUGUUUCCGUUUCUGUCGAGGGUUUGCCGUUUGUCGUUUGAAAUCGUAAUGCGCGCGGGCCCCGCGACGCGAAUAACCUAACGUGUUUGUUUACCGCGCGCCUUGUCGUCGUGCCGCACAGUUAUUGAUUUCAACGUAAAUGUGAAAUAUGCGAAUUACAUCAUUCAAAAUAAGCGCGCCCGUCCAUUGUCAAACAAUUAAACCAAUCUCCAGGACGUUCGAUAAAUUUAUGCGGGAAAAUGUUUAUCUUUUUGACAGCCGCUCUCCGGUCCGUACCGAACGUUAUACCAGCGUUUCUCAUUGAUAAAACGGCACUCGCCUCGGCCGCGUCGGAUUCGUGGUGUACGUGGGAAAAAAAUCCGCUACACCCCAGCCGAAAUAAACUCGAAUAAAACGGAAUAGGCUACAAUCGGACCGGUCCGACAUUAUUACGGUGUCUUAUUGCGACGCUACGGAAUAAAAAAAAAAAAAAAAAAAAUAAAUGGACUUUUUUUUUCUACAGUCGCGUCGACUGUUACUACGAAGACGAGAAUUAAAACACGAGGACACGGGAAAACACGGCUAUAGUGAAAUUAAAUUAAAAACCGGGAAGUACCUGCCCUACAGUAUUGUAUUUAAAACCGAUUUAGAUUACGUUCCUAUAGAAUGUUUAUGAUCACAACAGUAUUACCGAAACGAACCGAAUUUACCCAUGUAAUACACGCGCGCGUAUAAAUAAUUUGUGUUAUAAUAGAAUCGUGACCGCGCGCGUAACUGUGUGUUGGUGCGAUCGGGCAAGAUUGCGUAGUUCGAUUUGAUUUUAUCUAAUGUCGACAAACACGAUAAGGCUGGGCGCACGCGAGUUAUAACAAUACGAUAAUAUCAACGAUGUGUCUGUGUACUGAAUUCCUAUUGUUGGCUGGUAAAUUCGUUUGUUUUCCAUUUAUUUAUUCGCGAGUUUAAUUAAAACGUGAUAAUUAAACGACCGAAUAACUGAAUAAUCGGGAAAAAAAAAAAUAUAUAAAUUAAGUACAGCGAAUAAAUACAAUGGUUUUCGUAGAGUUUUACAUAUAUUAUAAUAUAAUUUGUCCGCACAUCAAAUUCUUUAGUAUUUACCCCUAGAAACACUGUCGGUGUGCUUCCCACUGCAUUAAAAUAGUCUGAAAUGAAACUUUCGCCCUACGCGAAAUGCAUUUGAUCCACUUCUGCCAUUGCUGUUCACUAACGGCAGUAAUUGAUUAAUCGACACUUUCAGAUGGUCUUCCAAACACCCGGGAUCUCGGUGCUGAUAUGCCGUGCUCUUGAAAGUCAACGAUCGAAAACUUUAUUUUGAAAAUUGUCCGUAAUACUUUUCUUUGGACAGGGUCGCGCAAUAUUUUCGCACGGUGAAAAUGCUUCAUCCGCUACAGAAGCGUAUGGUAACAUUUGACCAUAGUUAGUCAACGCUGCUGGCGACGGGAGCCUUAAAGUUUGUUUAUCGUGGUUUUUUUUUUUGCAAACGCUCGGGAAUAUAUUAUUGAAUUUUCAGCGAUCAUUUCACCCGCGGCUGGACGAAUAGCGACACGGAACUGCGCGGGUUAAUACGGCGCUCACAUAGAUCACACAGUUUUUUCAUGCGCUGCGCCGGCCUACGCUGCGCCUCAUCCGCGCUGGUCACCCCGCGGCCGGCGCUCGCGUGUUUGACGUCGACGCGCGCGUUCGUUUUCAAACGGAUUUUACGAGACCAGCCCGUCCGUCGGCCUUAAACUCCGGUUUCGCAAUCGGAUAAACGCCUUUUUUUUUUCUCUCCUUUUUUUCCCCCCACGUUCGCGAGAACGGCCUCCGAUAAUCAUUGCAAAUCGACAGAUUCCCUCGAAGUGUGUCCGGAAAUUUCACGUUACUCCGUUAUAGUCGUAAUUUCCCCGCGCCGGCGCGCUGACCGCUAGUGGAUUAUAUCACAUUAAAUGUCGUUUUUAAACGCGUUUCGUUUCUUAAAAAUAUAUUGCGUCCUACGGGUUAUAUUUUAAUGUUCGACAAUUUACGCGUCUUUUAAGCCCGAGUAUUUAGUACCCGGACUACUGUCUUUUUUUUUCUUUUUUUUUUUGCUGUCAUGCACUAGACCAGGCUCGUGUACAAUGAGGAGAGGGGGUAAGGGGUUCAAUCCCCCCCUCCCCGAAAUUUCAUGAAAAUUAUGAUGCAAGUAGAUUUUCAAUAGAGUCUCAAAAGUGGUUCCUGUCAAUGAGACAGAUAAAUACGAUUUCGGUUUUAUUUUUAUUUUAUUACUAAACAGUAGGUAUAUGUUGUUAUUAUUUUGUCAUUCAAUAAUAUGAAUUACGUUAUCAUUUAGGCUGUAUUCACUAAAACAAUAUUAAAUGUAAAAUUUAGUAAUAAAUACCCAAAAGGCUAAAAAGCUGUCCUAGGGUAAUGGGGACGGGUGCAGCCACUGUUAUAGGUAAUUUAACGUAUCUGUAAGCAAUAUGACUAACGAAAAAACGAUUUCGAGCGGAGUUCAGUUGAUAGUAUUUUUUCGUCGUCAACAAAAUAUAUAUCAAAAAAACGACUUCCCUACAAGUACAAUACCAGUCAGAUUACCUGAAAUCCGAAGAAAAAGUGUUAUCAUUGUAAAUCAGAGCGAAAUCGCUGGUAGAAUAGUUGUCAACAGAAAAAAAAAAAUCAUUGUAAAACCAAUACAUUCCCUGUUCCGCUCAGAAUCUAAAAUGAUUAUUAAAAAAUAAAUAAUCCUACAGUUGAAAGUAUGUACAAUUUUUUUAUUAUAAGAGUGCGUAUUCUCUGUUAAAAUCUUUUUUCAAAAGGGGAAGGGGAAUCCCUAUUUGAAAAUCAAAAGUAUGCACUUAUUUAAUGUUUAUGGGGUGGUGAUCAUAAAUUAAAAAUGGUUUUAAAAUAUGAGAUAAUUGCUGAUUCAUGAUAGAAAAUCAUCUUAUUAAUUAAAAUAAAUAUUUUUAAAAAGACGAAUAUUUUUUAUUAUUUUGUACUACUUUAAGUUAUAUUACCUAUAAUCCUAUGUAUUAAUUAAUUUUUUUACUAUUAAAUUUGGAAGAACAUUAUAAUAAACGAGCUAACCAAAUGCCACGAACAAAACUUUGUUUUUAUUUUCUCCUUGUCUUUGUGGUAUAACCAUAGAGUAAUAAUUACUCUGUGGAAAAUAUUUUUAAAUUGUGUAAAAGAGUCAUUCUUGACGUGUAAAUAAUACACGAAAAGAGAAAAGAAAUAUUUAAUAUUCUGGAAUAAAAUGCCAAAAAAAAAAAGUGUUUUUAAAAUAUUUAAAAUACACUUGUCGAAAUAUAUUUGAGAAGUAUUUGAAAUUAAAAAAAAUGGUAAAAAAUGUUGUACAUUAAUUUAUUCUCCAAUGUGGCUUUUCUGCUUUGAGACAAGUUAGUGUUAUCAGUAAAUCUAGAAGUGCACUAUCUGGUUUCAUAUAAUCUGUGAUAAUAUUAACACAAAUCGAAACAAAGAUGAAACAAAAACUGUAAAACAGUUCUUCCGACAAGUUUAUUCAGUACGAUAUUAUUUUGAUUAAAAUUUACCGACAAAAUAAAAAAAAAAAAUCCAAGCUGUUUUCAACCGCGGUCUUGAUAUAAUCACCAGAGGAUACCGUGGUCACCAAAGUCUGCGGACGGAACCGUGUUGCCAACAAUACGGCGGCGCUCAACCUUCCGACGGUCACACUGUCCGUUCACCAAACACGAUAUUAAAAUGGCGUCGGCCGAACCCGCUUUCUCACCACCCCGCCCGUCAUCUAUACCACCCGGUACUCGCCCGGCGACCACCCGACUAUCCGAGUCCGAGCGCGAUACGUCAGAUACGAGCGCUAGCGCUACAGAUACUGUCGGACGGGCGCGCACAUCGGUGUUUCACGGUUCCGUCAAUAAUAUUCCGUGUGCUGCGAAAAUUCGCCCGUUUCUUCGUUUUUCGGCUCUGCGCCGUGUGCAUUCGCGUCCGAUUCCGUAAAGUGUACGUGAACCACCGGAGUCCGCCGUCAACUGUCUACAUUUCAGCGUGAUUCAGUAUUCUACAGCAACAGGUCAGUGAGUGUGUGUCCGGGCCGAAAACGGCCCGAACAAAUGGCGUAUUUCACAGCAAGCCGACCGGUGAUUCGGACGGAUCUUUUUAUCACGAGUUCGAGAUCGUUUAAUUUUCCCGUGUUUUUUUCCUACGUCUGUUGAUCAUCGCCAUCAAUCGUCGCGAACGCCGCACAGAAAUCUAAACGUCCCGAUCCGCCGGUCCGGGAUAAUUAUCGUUAUUAGUUCAUUACGGGGUUCUGGUCGUUUCGUUUCUUUGGCCGACGGCCGUACCGUUCUAUCGGUUCGCGUACUAGCGUACGUAGUUGGCGAUUUACCGACAGCGAUAAACGCCCCUAAGUUACUCCGCACCGUUUAGGUGCCCUUUGUUUUGGCACGUCAAUUCAGUUUCGUUUGUAUUCAUUCCUGUCCCGAGGAUACCUACACAAUUACCGAGGGUUUCAGUGUUAUCUUUUUGUUUUUCCGCGUAUUUCCUCUAAAACAUUAAAACCGUAACCUCCGUAAUGCGGACGUCCAGAUUGCCAGCGCAAUUUUCAAUUGCUAAAUCGUAAUGCUAAUAUAUUUCGGCGUAUUUAUAUAGACAUAAUGUCUUAUUAGUUUUAAUUGGACAUUUGUGUAACCUACAUUGUAAUGUACAAUUUAUAAUUGUACAAACAUUUCAUUGUUAAUCAUUCUAACAGAAAAUACAAUAAGCGACUAUAAAAUACAAUGAUAAAGACUUCUUAUCUGUAUGCUGGAAUUUUUUUUACAUAAUCGACGCAAUUAAAGACUAAUCUGAAACUAAUUUAAGUAGGUACUUAGGUACUACUAUUAAGUAUAUGUUUUCUUAAAACCAGACUUGCCUUGAAUUGUGUCGUUAAUUUAGUUUUUGUCGAGUGUUGUUGUGAACAAUUUUCAUUGUACGGUUUACAUUUAUUUUGUAAUUUUGAAUUGUUAACUAAAUUUUUUGUCAGACAAUCGUUUAAUCAAUUUCAUACAAAUAUUUAAUUAUUUAGGUACCAACAGUAUACAGUGUGAUUUAUUAAUCAUGCUCGCCCUUUUUUUUAUCUUUAUAAUUUGAACACACCCUACCUAAUCAAAUUCUGAUUUUUGUAAUUUUUGAGUUUAGCCAGUCAGUAUUUUCGAAUGUUUAGAUUGUUCACAUUUUAGUAGUAUCCAAGAUACCAACAAUAAUAUUUCAAAUGAGAACCUCGAUAUUUUAAUGUUAAUUUUAAAUUUGAUCAUUUUUCCGAGAAUGUCGAUGAAAAUUUGAACAAAAGUUUCUGAGUUAUUCUACUUUAAAAUACUAAAGAUAACAGUCUAAAAAAUCAUCAUUUAUGUAAUCAUAAAAUACAUAAUACAUAACAGCGUUUUCAUAGUGUUUCACUUCUGUCCCCCUUAUAAAACAGAAUAGUGGAAUAUCUCGCGAGUGGGUUAUUGGUUCUCGUUUGAAAAGUUGGUAUCGCCACAGGAUACUUCUUAAAUGCUGUGAAAAACCUAAUUAUUUGAAAAUGUUAACUUUAACAUUAUUAGCUUAUACACUUCAAAAUUACAAAAAUCAAAUUUUUAAUACAUGCAAAAUUUAACCUUACAAUAAAUUGAACAAGCUUCACUCUAUAUAUAUAUAUUUGUAUCCAUUACUGUUUAGUUUUUGAAUUAGAUACCUAUAACCUACGUAUGGUUAAUAUUAUAUUGAUAUAGUAUUUAUUAAAAUAUAAUUCGGAAUUUAAAAAUUUGUAUUAUUUAUAUUAUGUUACAGAUAA